AUGGCCUAUAAUCGCGAUGGAAGUGCAGCUAUUCUAGACGCCCCGAACGGCGACCCACUUACAGGGACGAGGUACGAUUUCCCACGAGACCAUGUCGGGUUCGGAAGGGAAUCCCACAAUCCGCGAUGGCCAAAUGGUGCCAAGAUCGCGGUUUCAUUUGUGCUCAACUACGAAGAAGGUUCAGAGCGAUCGGUUUCCAAUGGAGAUGCGCAGUCUGAAAAUCGUUUGUGGGAGCAGUCGGAGAAACCGGCUCAGAUAGGUGAAAGAGCUCUCAACUCAGAGAGCGACUACGACUAUGGCUCUCGAGUCGGUGUAUGGCGAUUGUUGCGGAUAUUUGAGCACCAUGGGUUUCCUAUCACAGCAUAUGCUAUCGGACAGGCGCUAGAGAGAAACCCUCAAGUGGCAGAAGCACUCGCACAGAAUGGCCACGAGGUUGCCAGUCACGGAUACAGAUGGGUAACUUACCAGGGCAUGACUCCAGAACUUGAAAAACAGUACAUAGUCCGCCAGCUUGAAAGCCUUAAGAUGACAACAGGGAAGUAUCCUGUAGGAUGGUAUUAUGGUGCCAUCUCUCCUUAUUCGAAAGCAAUCAUCCAUGAAGUAUAUGAAGAGAUGGGCAUUCCGCUUUUGUACGAGAGUGAUAGCUAUUCAGACGACGUACCCUUCUGGGUGGAUGUACCUUCAGAAGAUGCAUCGCCUCAUCCCAAGGGAAUGCUUAUGAUACCUUAUAGCUACGACUGCAAUGACGUAAAAUUCCAUUCAGCAUCAGGAUUUAGUACAGGAAGAGACUUUACCGAGUAUCUCAAGGCAGCAUUUGACGUCCUCUAUGAAGAGGGCCUGGAAGGCAUGCCCAAGAUGAUGACUAUCGGUUUGCAUUGUCGGAUCUCUGGCAAACCAGGGCGCUCAGGGGCAGUUAAAGAGUUUGUCAAGUACAUUGCCGCAAAGCCUGGUGUCUGGGUCACAACAAGACAACGAAUUGCGGAGCAUUUCAGACAAGAAUUCCCGUAUCGAAAGGGAAAACUCGCUUAA